CGGAACAGGCUGCGACUCGAGGGCCAGUGCUCGACAGAGACGCUGCACGGCGCUCCCCCGAAUGUCAGUCGAGAGUGGAGUGUGACUCGGUCAAGUUGGUUUGACUGCACUUUGAGUGCUGGUCAACAAAGCAAGACAUCUCGGUGAAUACGCAUUUGAGAUCGUCUGAGGUAUUUUGAAACAAGAACAUAGCAACAGAAUGGCGGCGGAGGAGGACCGGGCGAUGCCGCUGUUCGCUGCCGACCCCGACUCCGGGGAGCUGCGACUGCAGGAGGCGACUCUGGAGCGGGUGCUGCUCUCCGACCAGCUCCGCGACUCGCCCGUCAUACCGGUCUCCAUCACCGGCGCCUUCCGACGCGGCAAGUCGUUCCUGCUGAACGUGCUGCUGCGCUACCUGCGCUCCCAGUCCGCCGGCGGCGGCGGCGACUGGCUGGAGGACGCGCCCCUCACCGGGUUCCCGUGGCGUGGCGGGCGGCAGGCGCACACCCGCGACCUGCAGCUCUGGUCCCGCCCGCUGCCGGUCACACUCGCCGACGGCCGGACGGCGCACGUGCUACUCGUCGACUCCCAGGGCGCGUUCGACAACGUGUCCACGCCGACCGAGAGUGUGGUGAUGCGCGCGCUGGCCGGCCUGCUGAGCGGCGUGCAGGUGCUGAACGUGUCGCGCCAGCCGCAGUCGGACGACCUGCAGCAGGCGCGGCUGUGCGCAGAGUACGCCCGGCUGCUGGCUUCGGCCGCCGGCGCGCCGCACCGCACCCCGCGGCUGGUGCUGCUGGUGCGCGACUGGGCCUUCCCAGCCGAGGAACCGUACGGCGCUGAGGGCGGACGGCACAUCCUCGGCCACUGGCUGGCCGGAGGAGACAUCGAGGACGGCGGCGACGGCACAGACAUUGACACAGUGGCUGACGGGGGCCUGGCCGCUGAGGAACUCGAGUGUUUUCUGCUGCCGCACCCGGGCGCGGCGGCGGCCGGCGGCGACCCCGAGUUCAGCGGCGCCGCCUCCCAGCUGGCUCCCGAGUUUGCCGAGCAGCUGCGAGAGUUCGCCGAGUGGCUGCUGGACGCCGCGCGGCUGCCGGUGCGCGAGAUCGACGGCCGGCCGCUGACGGGCGCCGCGCUGGCCGCGCUGUGCCGCUCGCUGUCCGAGCACGCCGCCCGCCUCCCGCCACAGCUGGAGGCGGCCGCCGAUCACCUGGCGGCCGCGGCGGCCCGGCGAGCCGUCCAGGCGGCCCUGCGCUCCUACACAGCCCGGCUGGAGGAGGCCACCGCCGCCGAGCCGCUCUCCGAGACCACACUGCAGCAGGUCCAUCGGGAGGCCGAGAGCGAGGCCCGUCAGACGCUGGUGUCCUGUCCCGGCGUGGAUCACCUCAGCGAGGCGCAGACAAUCCGUCCGCUCGCCGCCGCCAUCCAGGAGCACUGGGAGCGGAUCAGAGGCCUCAACUCCGAGCGGCUGCAGCUGCGGGCCGCUCAGGCCGACAGCCACAAUGCGGCGCUCGCUGAGGCGAGCAGCGCGGCGUACGAGUCGGCCAUGCUCGCCGCACUGCCCGCCGACGGUCCCAGCGUCACGGACGUUCGGCUGAGUGAGGCCCACGCCGCUGCCGUGCGAGCGGCGCUGCAGCACUUUGACAACGGCCGGGACGGGGCCGGCCCGGCGGCGGAGCAGCAGCGGAGCGCGCUGUGCGGCCGACUGGAGGGGCAGCUGGCCGGCCACCGGACCAGGAACGCCGCGCUCCGGCAGCAGGAGGCGGUCGCCGCCGCGGAGCUGACGCGGCAGGCGGUGGCGCGCGCCCAGACGCAGUACCAGCAGCAGAUGGUCGCCGCCGGCGAGCUGGCAGAGCCGGCGCUGCGGCAGGCGCACCAGGCCGCCGCCGCCGCGGCCACGGCGACCGCCGGCGCCGCCGGACAGGCGCAGCUCUCGGGCUGGCUGGCCGCGCAGCUGGAGCCGCGUCUGCAGGCGGCGCGUCAGCGAGAGAAACAGGAGCUCGAGCGUAAGCAGGCGGAGGCGCAGGCACAGCUGCAGGCAGCGCAGGCAAUUUGUGGGCCCCGACACAGGGGUAUCACGAUAAGAAUAGGAAAAAAGAAAUUCAGCAUACGGUAGAAAAGUCACAGAACAAAUGAAUGAAUUAUGUUACCAGCAUGUGACAAAGGCUUUCGUAUGUUACAGGUAGGUAUUAUUACGAGUAUUAUUACUUGUAUAGUGGACUGGAAUACAUAUAAAGUUUUCUUCAACCACUGUGCACCGCAGUGAUAAACGAAAAUAAAAGUUUAAAAACUAUAUUCUUUUUACAUCGGGCCCGGGGAUUAAAAAGUCGGACCCGUACGUCGCAAAGUGCCGCACAUGUGCGUUCCUCG